CUUCAAGAAUUCCCUCCGUAACUGUCACUGCCCACUGGUUGAAGUUGGUUUUAAUGUAUUGGAAAGCGCUAGUUUAUGUUUCUCUUCCAUCAAUAGUAUUGAUCACUAUGCAUUUUAGUGGUAAGCAUUAUCAUUUACUUUUGCUUCUUAAGAAUCUAUGAUAAUUUCUUCUUGUACAUGAAUUAUGUUCCCCCAAAUCAUCAUCCACUUGUUGUACAUGCUCACUUAACUUCUACUUCUGCCAAAUCAAAAAAAUGAUAACUUGAUUUGAACUUAUAAAGAGUUGUUUUCUUAUAAGAGUAUAAUAACAUAUUGUUAUUGUCGUUCAAUUUUCCUCCAUCCAAAAUAUUAUAUCAAUAUUUUAUAUUGUUACGAAAAUGAACCAAGCACACCAUAAUCGGCCAUCGUCUAUCUAGACAGUGUCAUGUCAUCAUCCACACCUUCACCACACAGAUCGCCUCAAGCUCUCAAUCAAACUCAACUCCAUUAAGAGUAUCAUCAUGUUACGAGUAUAGAAUUCGGAGUUAAAGUUACAGAUUCUCAGCACACCAUAAGUUAAAUGACCAUGUAAUACAAACCAGUGGCGGAUCUAGGGGGCCGCCCCUGGGCCAAGGCCCAGCCCUUCCCAUAUCCAGAGCUAAUAUAGCCCUUUUAGAUUUUCGAUUUUAGAUAUUCGUUUCAAUGUUCGAUGAGUUACGGUCCAAUCCUCUCCACCUCUUUUCAAAUUUGACCGAGUACUCUACCCUAUUCUCGAUCCGCCGCUGAUACAAACCCCUAGCUACCAUUUCAGGUACCUACCUACCUACACCUUGAUUACAGGCACAAGGGUCCCUCCCUCACUUUGGGGGGUGUUGGCCCUAUUUUUGGAGCUGGCAUGGCGGUCGAGCUAUAAUAAUAUUUGAACGAACAAAACCUUAUUGCUUGCUGCUCUGCUGCCUAUCUUUUCUUUUCUUUGCCAGUAAGUUUGUCCAUUACUCUCCUCCAAUAUAUCCUUUUCAAUUCAUCACUGCUACCAAAUUUUGGCACAGCUUGUGAUGGUAUCUGUAAGCAAGAAAGAAACAGCAUGUACUUAUAUACAAUAUUCAACUUGCUUUCUUUAUUGUUUCAUUUUCUCCCUUCUGGUCCCAGACGCCAUAACCCGACAUUUAAAUCAAAACCCACUGUUCCUUUGUCACGUUGGAAUGGACAAACCAACUUAUUCACAGUCUCCAUCCAUGCGCGCCAGUCGCCAUCUCAUCUCUUCUCUUCCACAACAACAGCUGUCAUGCCUAGCUACACAGUGGUCGUGUCAUAGUAGUCCUGCGUAGGCAGGGCGAGCAUGGAUACUCUCGUCGAUCCGAUCUGUCCCAUUCUCGACCCGUUCUUAUCUAAAUUACAUGUAAUCUUAGUCAAAUCGCUAAGGAUUUUUCUUUUAUUACAUCAUAUUUUAACUAUAAUAAAGUUGUAAAUUAAUGAAAACCUCAACUUCUCCAAUAAUUUAACUACAUUUAUCGUAAUACAAUUUGUUUUCUUUGUUUUAUAAUGAAAAUAAUGGAUAUUUCUAAUACUUUCCGUAUAAAUUGCAUACCCAUUGAGUCGACAUGCCCCAACCCGCAAUCCAUGAUAAAAUACCUGAUUUAGACCCGACUUGUCACGAGAUGAGUAUGGAUAUCGAGAUACCCUCGAGCACGUGGAGUAGUAAUAGAUCGAUCCAUCGAUCUUCAACCAAAAUGUUUGUACCUAUUGGCUGCGACACGACACACCAAGAUGGCUUACUUGGUCUCUUUCUUUCUGGUUUUGUUUUGGCUCGAUUAUGUACCUUCCUUUUCAACACACAUUUAUGCUCUUCCUUACCUUUCUUAUUUUAUGGAUCAGUACCAACCAAAAUGAUUUUGGUUCCUAUUCUAUUUUAUCCAUUCAUUGUCUCUUAUCAUGAUGUUCCACCCAUUCUUCCCUACCUAAUUGUGUUUAAUUAAUCCUUAUUCAUUCUGUUCCCAUGCUAAGAAACUGGUAUAUCUUGUCCUUUUUCUAGGGCGAGAUAGCAUGACUAUUCCUAAGUGGGUUGGAAAAAUGACACCUCAUAUUAAUUAUAGGAUUUUAAGGUAAUUAAUUUGUGUUGCAUUUAAUUAUUUUGUCUGAAUUAAAAACCCAUAAUAAUUACUUUUCUUUUUUCAAUGCAAUGGUAGUUGUACCAGUACAAUGGUAUCUGUGUAUAGAUGCAAUGGUAGUUAAAAAAAAUGAAUGUAAUUAAUCUGAGUUAAUUGUAUAAGUUCAAUGAUAGUUGUAUCAGUGCAAUGGUAGUUCAAAAAAAAAAGGAAUGUAAUUAAUAUGAGUUUUUAAUUUUCAAAUAUUAUUAAAUGCAACACGAAUUUGAUAAAAAAAUAACUAUACUUAAUAGGCGUGUCAUUUUUCCAACCCCUUAAAAGGGUUGGCAAGCUAACCGGCCCUUUUUUUCUCGGUAUUCUCUAGUUAUUCGUCGGCCCUAAUCACAACAAAAUUUUACCAUCUAAAAUAAUUUACAGCAGAGAGGUUAAGUAAGAUUUUAUUUUCACUAUUGAAAGGGCUCUUGUCAUCAUCCUAUCAACGGCAUAACCAAAAAUUCGAGUGAAGAGGGCGUUAAACGGUAAUUAUAAAGCAGGAGGAGGAGU